UAUACACAUCUCCGCAGAAAAUAAAGCACACAUAUGGCCCAGACAAAAUGCAAGAAUUCCCCUCUCUUCUUCUCUCUCAUCUCCCUCUUCCUCUUCUCCCUCAUUUCACUCACCAAAGACGUUACUUUCAUAGCCCAACUCACCCUAAGAUGGCAUCAUAUUCAGCUUCUUGGAGAAAGAAAAGGAGAGGUUGAAGAGGUAAUAAAACCAUCAAUAUCUAAACAAGAAGAUGAAGAAGAAAAAGAUGGUGAUUAUGGGAUUGAAUUGCCUCCAAAAUCGUGUGAUUUGUCUAAAGGAAAAUGGGUUUUUGAUAAUAUCACAAGGCCUUUAUACAAAGAAGAGAAAUGUGAGUUCUUGACAACUCAAGUGACAUGUGUCAGAAAUGGAAGAAAGGAUUUGAUGUACCAAAAUUGGAGAUGGCAGCCAAAUGAAUGUUCCUUGCCCAAGUUUGACGCAAAAGUAUUAUUGGAGAAACUAAGGGGGAAGAGACUUAUGUUUGUGGGAGAUUCGGUUAAUCGGAAUCAAUGGGAGUCGAUGGUUUGCUUGCUCCACACCGGAAUUGCUCCGGGCAGAGCAACUUGGAAGGUGGGGGCCCCACUCUCCGUUUUCUCUAUUCAGGAUUAUAACGCGACAGUCGAAUUUUACUGGGCUCCAUUUCUAGUACAAUCAAAUUCAGAUGAUCCAAGAAACCACAGCAUUUCCCAAAGAAUUAUAAUGCCUGAAUCCAUUUACAGUCAUGGAAUCCAUUGGAAGGAUGCAGAUGUUCUUGUCUUCAACACCUACAUAUGGUGGAUGAACAAUCAAACCAUCAAAGUCUUACGGGGAUCGUCUGAUCAAGAAUCAGCAGAUUAUGAUGAGGUACAACGGUGUACAGCGUACGAAAGAGUCAUGACAACAUGGGCUGAUUGGCUAACACACAACGUUAAUCACACUCGAACCGCAUCUUACUUCAUCACCAUGUCUCCAGUUCACUGGCAGAGCUCUAGCUGGAACAACCCUGAUGGGGCAGUCUGUGCUCGUGAGACGACACCAAUCAUGAACACAACAAUGGAACUAGACAUGGGGACAGACAGGCGGCUACUUGACAUUGUAAAAAACACAAUCAAGAAGAAGGGAAUCCCAGUGGAUCUCAUCGAUAUCACGACACUGUCAGAGUAUAGAAAGGAUGCUCAUACCUCGGUAUACACCCUUCGUCAAGGUAAACUUUUGCUACCAGAACAGAAGGCUAAUCCUGCUGCAUUUGCUGAUUGUCUGCAUUGGUGCCUUCCUGGUGUUCCUGAUACGUGGAACGAGCUGCUCUACACACACAUAAUGUCCAGAUCCUGACACCGAAAGCUUCUGAUUUAUUACAGAACCAUUCAACAGUAGUACAAUCUUCCUUCACCUCACUUGAUAUGCAUCGAUCUCUGUACUUUAAUGAGUCAAAAUCCGACGUGCAAAGAGGUGAUUAACAGUCUUUAGACUCCUGUACAGAAUAUGCUUUACAAGAAAUUAAAUCGAAAGUACUACAAAUUCUGAAAA